AGUUUAGUUCAAACUUUCAUAAAAAACACAACAGAGACGGAAAAAUUCCUUUAAUUUUAUAUUUCUACUGAAUAAAUCUGAUAGUGCUUUUUUCCUAGCAUAUAAUUUUAAAAUUAAAUAUGAUUGGAAAUUGCAUUGGCAAUUGUGGUCAUGUCGGACCGCCACCUGAUUCAAUACUCUCUAUGCCGCCGCCACCGUUGCCAUCGUUUUUGCUGCCCAAGACAGCAGUAUUGGCAUUACCAACCGAAAACGAUUCCCAACCUUGCUUUACACCAUUUAUGUGUGAAUCGAAUGCACAUCCUCGUGAAAGUGGUGUUGAGUUUGUUGAAUUAACUGGCGGCAAUAAUAAUGGCUUGGAGAAUACUUGGCUUUUUGUGCUGAUUUCAUCUUGCGUUGGUGUCUUAAUAUUAGGUGGUUUAUUGGCCGUUAUUUUACUUAAAUGCAGAGAUACACUCUUUGCCAGUUGUAAUUUCUCCUACCAUGACUCGAACAUUAAGCAAGGCGCUAUGAAUACUUUAGGAGAACCUUCAAAAUCAAAUCCUUUUAUGGCCGGUGGCAUUUUAUAUCCUUGCACAGCUGCUGCUAGUCGCGACACCUUACAAAGUCAAAUGGCUAAUGAUAGCCGUUUAUUGUGGGCUACUUUAACACCACAUGGAACUCGACAUUUUAUAACUGAUUAUCCGAGCGUUAAUAAUGCACAGGAAGGACAUUAUGAAGUUGUUGACUAUCGCUCCAAGCCACAAAAUCAUAUAUAUCGUGAUUAUGCUAAACGUACACCUAUCAAAUCAUUUGACAAUAGUGGAUUCGUUGAUUAUGAUUAUGAGGAUCCAACACCAUUAAUGGAAUCAUAUCAUGAUGAUCUUGACUCUGGAUAUCAAGAACCGCAAGAAAUACUGAACAGUUUACAACGUUCGUCUCCUCGUCCACUAGUUGUAUCUUCGCCAACUCGUAUUGAUAACCCUAAUAUUGCUCCAUUAAAUUACUAUCCUUCAAGUCGUACUAAUACACUUCAAUCAAAUCACUCCACUACACUUAAUCGCAAAGCAACCUCUAAUCGUCGCAUCAGUGACGCAUCCACUUAUGGCGGUCCAAAUAUGUAAGUGACAAUCUGAAAAUUGAGCAA